UGUGUGUGGUUUUAACACAGUAUUUGUUUGGGUUGAAACUGUUAGAUGCCUUCAGUUCAUCUGCAGUUGUCCGUGAAUAUGGAGCUUGUUUGGAGGAAUAUACUCAUACUUGUGUUUGCGCACUUCGUUGUGUCUCAUUUGUCUACUCGAUGUGACGAACCAACAAAGUAUCCCGGCAAGCAGCUGCACAAAAAUUAUCUCCAUAAAUUAAAGUUCAAUGAUGGAGAAAGAGUGGUGUAUACAUGUCCCCUGGGUUACACACCAUCAGAAGGAAGUCUAACAUCACGGUGUCUGCGAGGACACUGGACAGCCUUGAACCUGAAAUGCCAAAAGAAAAAGUGCAAUGCGCUAGGUGACGUAGAGAACGGGCAGUACAUUCGAGAAGGACAAUCAUUUGGCGAUAAAGCCAUUGCUACGUGUAAUAAAGGAUAUGUUUUGAGAGGAGAAAGAGUUCGUAUGUGUAUGCAAAACGGUUGGAGUGGGACGGACCCCAUCUGUGAGGUGUCGAAGAUCAUGUGUUUAGCACCUGCUGUGGCAAACAGAUGGAUAAAACCUGGAGAAAGGACACAGUACACACCCCAAGACACUGCAACCAUUGUCUGCAGUGAGGGAUUUGUACUGACUGGCUCGCCACAGGUCACAUGUGGACCAGACGGCCAAUGGCAGGGCUUGCCUGCGUGCCGCUCGAAAGGUAAAUGUGGUCCAGCUCCGUCAAACCCUCAUGCUUUCCCCAGAGACGGAUCCUUCACACUGAAAGAGUAUCCAUCCGGUGCUCUCAUUCGCUACAAAUGCAGUACAGGAUACGUGCGGGCCAGAGGAAGCACCAGUAUACACUGCCUGAAUGGCCAGUGGACAAACCUGCAGCUCCGAUGUGAAAGGAAGAAGUGCGGAUCUGCUGGAGAGAUCUCCUAUGGCCAAUACGAGUACACCGGCGUGUCAUUUGGAGAUUCAGCUACAGCCAUCUGUCAAGAAGGGUAUGAGCUGACCGGCCCAAAAGUGCGGAUCUGCCGGGAUGGAGGCUGGGAUAAAAGGAGCCCUGUGUGUGAACCUGUGCACUGUCCUCCACCUCCAGAGGUCAAGGAUGCUGAGAUGUUUGACCCCAUAUAUGACCAUGUUCCCUUCGGUCACGUGUUGUCCUAUCACUGCCGUACUGGAGCUCUGAUCGGUGCAAGAGAGAUUUACUGCACCAAGAACGGCGCCUGGAGCGCUCCUCCUCCUGAGUGCAAAGACAUUGUCUGUCCUAACCCACAAGUGCCACGUGGAUCAAGAAUGAGGGGUUUUAGGGCGGUCUAUAAAUAUGGGAACACAGUGAGAAUCGCCUGCAAUCCUGGUUUAAGGCUUUUAGGAGAGAGUUUUGUCACCUGUGGCGCAGACGGGGAAUGGAAACCAAAACUUCCAGAAUGUGUGUAGAAAUCUGCACAUGAAGCAAUGAAACAAACAAAUAUUCAACUGAAAGACACAAUAUAGCUAGCUGUCUCAAAGUCAUAAUGAAGCGUAUUUCUUUUCACUGUAUUUCAUUAAAAUGAGCAGAACGCUAUUUACUAUCUACUCAGACUAUUUAAGAAAAAGAAGCAAAAGAAGCACGCACACAAUUAAUAUUUUAUAUUUAUAUACUUUGUUAAACUACAGCAUAAUAUUUUUAUGGCUUGUUUUCGUGUCCCCCCCCCCCAAGUAUAAAUAAAAAUGAGA